AGCGCACUCACACACUCACGCACCCAUGCACCUACACGCCGACGGGAGGCCCUACUCGUCCUUCUCCGAGCUCCUUGGGGGUUGGCGCAACGCUGGCGGUCGAUCUCAAAAGCACUAAAGUAUUCACGGCGCCUGUAUAUUCCUUACCAUGUCGACAAUUCAAUCACCCAAUACUUCCAGCUUCCUGCGCCUCCUCGAGGACGCCGCCGGCACGGGCCCUCGGGUUUUGCCGAUGCAGUCUCACCUGGUAGAGAUCAGCAUCUCUGAUCAGGGCAAUGGACUUAGUGAAAGGCAACGACAAUUCUGGUCUGGCUGAACAGAUCCGUCCGGCCUCAAUAGCGAGCAGACACCAGGACGGCGACAGGGACGACACUCCAAUCCAGGAUGCCUCCACGUCUUCCGAGGAUAAGCAAGGUCUCCCGUUGAACGUGCAUGUCAACUCCAAUGCCAGCUAUGAACACACUGGUCACCACGCUGAGAUACGUGCAAGACACCGAUACACUAUCCGUCGACCACGGGCUCUUCAAUUCUCGUAUCGAUCCCAAGUUGUCCAUGCUGGGGAUGAACGCGGGGCUCCGGAGUCAACAAACCGGUCAAGUAUAUCCAGCCACCUCCCCGAAGAUAUCGCCAAGGAGAGGGAAAGACUCGAUCUCUUCAUCGACCUGAUCUGGGUCGGCAUCAUCGGCAAUCUGUCGGAAGUAUUCUCAUCAUUAGGGUUCAGGCCCGAAGACCCAGACAUAGGGAUUGCAUCGCUCGUCUUUGUCCUGGUCUUCCUGCCCUCCUGGCGCAUCUGGGACGCGAUGCGCGAGUUCCUGAACAACUACUACAUGGAUGAUAUGGUGCAGCGGGCAUUCACCCUGUGGAUUCUAUUGCUCUCCGUCUUCUACGGCAAUCAACUGGCAUAUCUGACCAAAGAUAUCGACGAGGUCAAACAAUGGGUCAUCUCGACCUAUCUCGUCAUCUUCGGCGCCUUCUGGCUCAUUGAGCUGGCAUAUUCGAUUUUCAUCAAAUGGCUGCGAAAACUGGUCUUCUUCCAAACGGUGCUCCGACUACCUUCCAUCGCCCUCUGGGUCACUGCAAUCCAGGUAUCGGGUGCCCGUGCUAUCGGGCCCGUCUGCGGCGCCAUCGUCUGGGAGUAUCUUUGCCCAAUCAUCAUCGAUUCCCGGGUGACGGAGAGACUCACGCCGAUCGAAGUCAAGAAGGCUCUCGACGUGCACCACUUCCAGUCACGCAUGUCCAACUUCUUCAUCAUCAUCCUCGGCGAGGGCGUUCUGCAACUGGUCAAGGACGGCCCGUUGGGGCUCGGCCUCAACGGGAGCACGGGGACCAUGAUUUGGAUUCUGUUGAUCUACUACGAACUCUCGUUCCUCUACUUCAACCGUGACGGGAGCAGGAGGUUCGUCCCGGCGGCCACCCACAAGGGCCGCAAGAGCUUGACCUGGGUCCUGUGGCACGUCCCGCUCUUCUCCUCGAUCCUGACCUUCGCGUCCAGCGUCAUGUUCAUCAUCCGCCACCAACCCGACGCGCCGUACAACUCUCCGGGAGGCCAAUCGGGGGAGCCGAUCCCACGGGACGACCUGCCCCGCUACCUGUACCGGGCCGUGUGGACGUGCGCGACUUCGCUCGGGGUCAUCAUGCUCAGCUUGACGGCGCUGGCGCUCUUGGACACGUCCCUCGACGAACCGGCCACGCUCAAGAUCAACAACCGAUACAUACGCCUCGCGGGCCGGGUCGUGUACAUCAUCGUCGUCGUGUGCGUGCCGGCGACCCCGCACAUCGACGCGAGGUUGUUUCUCGGCAUCGCGGCAGCCACGCUACUCGGCGUCACCGUCUGGGAGUGGAACGUCGGCCUGGACAGGGGCGGCGCGCUGGUCGAGCCGAUGGGUCUCACGCACAUGAUGAGCCGCGAGCUGAAGUCCUGACGGGGCCUUGUUGGAAGGUGAAAAGGAGCUGAGGUGGUGAGGAGAAUUGUGUGCUGUAGAAACAAGCCUUUUGUGGAGAACCACAAACGUUACCCUUAACACCGCUAUUACUACAGGGUUCCCCCCCCAUCCUAUCUCCUGUAUGUAAUACCGUGUAUACACCAGUGUCUUGUCAGGAUAGCCGGAACGAACCUGAACGCACCGAGCCACCGACCCUGCUGCGCAUUACAUGCAAAUUUAUUCACUAUACGUACGAUGAGGGUGAACGUACACGAGUGUAGAGAGCGUACAUGCGGAGUGCAUGUGCGGGAUAUAUGCACGCCACGCACGCAUAUAUGUAUGUAUACGAGGAUCGGGCUUCUGGCGAGCAAGGCGUGGUUUCUAGGGGAGAGAUAUUUUGGAGGGAAACAACAACGGCCCGACCAUCUCCCCAAAUGUUGUCUAGUCGUGUACACGCGUAGGUAUGUACAUAAAUACCGGAUACAAGAGCU